UUUGGCUUAGCGCAUUCCGCCUAUGUUGCGCGGACAACAUGGCUCAGGAUCAUGUGGGAUGAUUCAUGUGUAGACGACGUGAGAAGGUUCUCGACACUGAAGGCGUGAUGCCCGAGAUUGCCGAGGCUCCACAUCGUGUAGGGUAUGGCUUCCUGGCGUACUUCUUCCUGUGUUUUGCUGUUUCCGGCAUUCCGUGCGCUGCUGCCAUCCUUUUGUGGUCCGACAUAGGUUGGGGCAAGGAUGUCUACAGCUUCUUCUCGGAAGGCAGUGUCAAAGGCUACGCGCUGGGCGCUGGGGCAUUCUGCAUCGUUCUGGCCCUGUAUCUCGAGGACUUCUUUUGGCCACCGCACCUGGAAGGCCAGUACUUCGUUCUCUACAACCAGGACAGAUGCGUUGGCCGAAGCAUCCUGGUCGUUGCGGGCGUCCUGAUCUAUGCUGCAGCCCUGAAUCUGGCGGAGGUCUACCCGUCAGUGCCCAUUCAGUGCACGGUCUUGCUUGGCCCAUUGCUGACAACUGCCACGAGAGCUGUGACCAGACCGGUUUUCAAAGAUCCGAUGGCUGCCGCCCUUGCAGAGCAGGUUGGUAAGUCGCCCAGCAACAGGCUCAUGAAGAUGCAGCGCUAUGUGGGCUCCGAGAAAGAUGCCACUGCAUUUUACGCUGGCAGCAUGACAGCCUUCUUGCUGCUCGGGGUCAUAACAGUGAUUGCCUGGGUGGUGUGGGCCUUGAGUAACAACAUCGACUUUGGUGACGUCGACUUCGUGAACGCUGAAGAGGAGCUCCAGUACGUGCGGUGGAUCUCCCCUGUGGCAGUUGGCCUCGCGUACGUGAUGUUCGGGCUCAUUGUGUCCUUGCGCGUGGGACUGGCCGGCUCCUACGACCAGGGAGACAUGCUGCUGAAGAUGGUAAAGGAGGAAGACCAGGAGUGUUCUGCGAGUGGCCGCAGGUCGAUUCGUCGGAAGACGCUGGUUGGCCUAGUCAGUGAGCAGCUGAAGGAGGAGGACAACACCUGCAGGACUGCGUUUGACAAGCUCAGCAACGCUCAGAAGGACAAGUUUGCAGAGAAGCAGAUGCGCAAUCUUGAGCUAGUUUCGCGAAUGAUCAAGACCUGCGGCUGCGUCUUCGCUUUGAUGAUUGGAACAACCUGGAUGGCUUCCCAGCUUGUCACUUCCGACAGCCACCUAUCUGAUCUCGUCUUGGGCUUUCUGGGGGUCUUCACCAUGAGCUUCUGCCUCUUCGUGGUCGUCGCCUUCCAGCGGCUCAACACCGUGAUGACGGACUGGUGCAAGAAGCUGCCACUCUACCGCUUGGCUGUGAGCCUUCUUCAGAGCGACUGGAUCCGAGCUUUACUUGUGUUCUGCUUCUCGCCGGCAGUGCCCUUCGUGCUGGUGCUCUCCUUCGUCAACCAGCGGGUUCGCGGAUGCCGCAGGCUUGCGCAGGCUCCCACGACUCUGGCGCCCAUCGAUGAAGAGCAGGAGUCCAUAGAAAUGGAGGAGUCAACGUACUUCACCAGGCGAAUCGCCCGUCAGGUUGAAAUAAUGGAGCAUGACUGGAACUGGAUCUCCAUUUUGAUGAAGGUCUUUGUCUUUGGUCUUCUGAUGAUGCUCUACACUACCUUUCCUAUCAUGCUCAAUAUUUUCCUGGCCUGGAUGAGUGCUGCAAUGGCUGACUGGAACUUUGCUGUCGUGUGUGUGGGCAUCGUAGUGGCAGGCCUGUGUUGCUUCCUGCUGCCCCCGGUCCCUGGUGUGCCAGUGUACGUGUUCACCGGCAUCAUCAUUGCAGACAGGUGCCCCUGGGGCUUCGAGGCCGGGGCGGCGGUGGCCAUCGGCGUGGGCUUCGUGCUGAAGCUGAUGGCCUGCGCCAUGCAGCAGAAGCUCAUUGGGGAGCGCCUGGGGAACAUCACCUUCAUCCGAGCGCAGGUUGGCAUCAACCAGCCCAUGAUCCGCGCUCUCGAGGCAGUCCUCCGGAAGCCUGGCUUGAGCCUGGGCAAGGUGUCCAUCCUUUGUGGAGGUCCAGAUUGGCCGACCUCAGUCCUGGCAGGCAUCCUGCGCCUGUCCCUCUUGGAAUGUGAGAUCGGCACACUGCCCAUUGUUUUCUUCGUGGCGGCUUGCUCCCUGUCGGGCUCUUUCUAUCUCAAGAAGACGGAGAGCGAGUUCUGGGACCGCAUCGCCACCUUCAUGAUGUCCGCAUCCGUUGGCUUGUGCGUGUUGCUGCAGAUCAUGGGCGUUUGGGCGAUCCAGACGGAGCUUGACCAAAAUGAGUGGGAGUUGUCUAAGCCCUUGGAGCAGAACUUGAAUCUCGACUGGUUGGAUUUCAGAUCGAGAGAGGUGGCAAAGAGCAAGACGAUCAGGUGGAGAGACGUUCCGUGCUGGUUGAAGACACUCCUGCUCCUGGCAGUGGUGGGGCAAGUUGUGGCUGGUCAACUCUUUUACUGGGCUUCCUCCAUUUGUUUCGGUAGCUUUGAGUUGACUGACAGCAUCGACUCGCUGCAGCUCUGGGUGGACGGCUCAUCAGGAUUGGUUCUGCUGCCAGGACUCGCUGGCUGCUCCAUUUGCUUGGGAGGCUGGGUGAUCUAUUUCAUCAUGGCGAGGUGGCUCUCCGCCCAGCAGUCCAAGUCUUUUAAAGAACGCGGUGUGCAGCUGGACACCAUUGAGGCAGAGUGGAAGGAUCGGCGCCAGGCCGCGGCGCGGCAGCUGGCGAACAGCACCGCAUCCCAGGAGAACUGGGAGGAGUUAGACACUCUGCGGAGUGACGUCGAAAAGAUGCUGCUGAAGACUUCGCCACAGAGGGAAACUGAGUGAGCUUUGGACGAUCCAUUCCGAUAUUCCGACCAGCACCGCUUUAGUCAUAGGUUUGGGAGGUGCUGGCGAUCUUACCCCUUCGCGACAGUCGGCUGUUCCUUGGGCAAUCGCUUAAAGGCGGCUGGGCUGUGUCUGACGGGCUUUCCAAGAAAGCGCCCAUGGCCUCAGAGCUUUCCGAGAAAGCGCUCUGGCAUUCUGGCAGCCACAGUUGCCUGUGGAUAUUUUCUCGCCAGGCUGCAAAAGGAUAAA